UAACGCCGAGGUGGCCGCGAAAGCCGAGACUCUCCCCUACGUGUGCCUAGACUUUCCCACCCGGCCCCGGGCGGCGGGGACAGGGGGCGCGGUGCGCAGCUUGACCGCCGCCAUCCACCAGCAGCUGCUGCAGCCUCGCCUCCUCUUCAGUCCCCGGGAGGACUGCGCGCCCCCCGGCCAAGGUGGCGCAGUUCCCAGCGCCCCCGGCGAGGAGCUGUCCUCCAGGACCCGCGCGGGGCGGGGCUCGGAGGAGGGCGAGCCGGACGCCUCCGGCGCGGACGAUGGGGGCGACAGCAGUGACCACGACUUCGAGAUGGUGGAAUUGAACGAGAAAUUCUUCCUCAGCCCCUUGCUCGUGGCCCCCUACCGGCUCGGGACCCGCGACGAGGCCGAAAAGCCGGUGCGGGCGUGCAGCCCCCAUCGCUGGAUGCACCUGAUCCCCGGGGGCUGGCGGCAGCAGCGCCGGAGCCACGACGUGGAGCAGCUGGAGGCGGAGGCCAAGGACGGGCGGGGCUCGCCCCUGGCGGCGGAGGAGCAUCCCCGGCGCGGGGCUCGCGAGCACCUCCCCCCGUGGCGGCGCAAGAGGUUCCUGCGGGUGCCGGGGCGGGACUCGCCCAGCCACAGCUCGCCCGAGAGGGGCAGUGACUGCAGCCGCAACAGCUCGGACCACGAGGACGGCUCCUCUGCAGACUUCAGCUACGGGGCGGACGACUACGACGGAGAGGGGAAUGAGGAGCAGAAGGGGCCCCCGGAGGGCUCGGAGACCAUGCCGUACAUCGACGAGUCACCCACCAUGUCGCCCCAGCUCAGCGCCCGUAGCCAGGGCGGCGGGGACAGCAUCUCCCCCACCCCACCCGAGGGGCUGGCACCUGGGGUGGAAGCAGGAAAGGGCCUGGAGAUGAGGAAGCUGGUUCUCUCGGGGUUCCUGGCCAGCGAAGAGAUCUACAUUAACCAGCUGGAAGCCCUGCUGCUGCCCAUGAAACCCCUGAAGGCCACAGCCACCACCUCCCAGCCCGUGCUCACCAUCCAGCAGAUCGAGACUAUCUUCUACAAGAUCCAGGACAUCUAUGAGAUCCACAAGGAGUUCUAUGACAACCUCUGCCCCAAGGUGCAGCAGUGGGACAGCCAGGUCACCAUGGGCCACCUCUUCCAGAAACUGGCCAGCCAGCUUGGCGUGUACAAAGCGUUUGUGGAUAACUAUAAAGUCGCUCUGGAGACAGCUGAGAAGUGCAGCCAGUCCAACAACCAAUUCCAGAAGAUCUCCGAGGAGCUCAAAGUGAAAGGUCCCAAGGACUCCAAGGACAGCCACACGUCAGUCACCAUGGAAGCUCUGCUCUACAAGCCCAUUGACCGAGUCACCAGGAGCACCCUGGUCCUACACGACCUGCUGAAGCACACACCUGUGGACCACCCAGACUACCCACUGCUACAGGAUGCCCUCCGUAUCUCCCAGAACUUCCUGUCCAGCAUCAAUGAGGACAUUGACCCCCGCCGGACUGCAGUCACGACCCCUAAGGGGGAGACACGACAGCUGGUGAAGGAUGGCUUCCUGGUGGAAGUGUCAGAGGGCUCCCGGAAGCUGCGGCACGUCUUCCUCUUUACAGAUGUCCUACUGUGCGCCAAGCUCAAGAAGACAUCUGCAGGGAAGCACCAACAAUAUGACUGCAAAUGGUACAUCCCCCUGGCCGACCUAGUGUUUCCAUCCCCUGAGGAGUCUGAGGCCAGCCCCCAGGUGCACCCCUUCCCAGACCAUGAGCUGGAGGACAUGAAGAUGAAGAUCUCCGCCCUCAAGAGUGAAAUCCAGAAGGAGAAAGCCAACAAAGGACAGAGCCGGGCCAUCGAGCGCCUGAAAAAGAAGAUGUUUGAGAAUGAGUUCUUGCUGCUGCUCAAUUCCCCCACAAUCCCGUUUCGGAUCCACAAUCGGAAUGGAAAGAGCUAUCUGUUCCUACUGUCCUCGGACUAUGAGAGGUCAGAGUGGAGAGAAGCGAUUCAGAAACUACAGAAGAAGGAUCUCCAGGCCUUUGUCCUGAGCUCAGUGGAGCUCCAGGUGCUCACGGGAUCCUGUUUCAAACUUAGGACUGUACACAACAUUCCUGUCACCAGCAAUAAAGAUGACGAUGAGUCUCCGGGACUCUACGGCUUCCUCCAUGUCAUCGUCCACUCUGCCAAGGGGUUUAAGCAGUCAGCCAACCUGUACUGUACCCUGGAGGUGGAUUCCUUUGGCUAUUUUGUCAGCAAAGCCAAAACCAGGGUGUUCCGAGACACGGCAGAGCCCAAGUGGGACGAGGAGUUCGAGAUUGAGCUGGAGGGCUCUCAGUCCCUGAGGAUCCUGUGCUACGAGAAGUGCUAUGACAAGACCAAGGUCAACAAAGACAACAACGAGAUCGUGGACAAGAUCAUGGGCAAAGGGCAGAUCCAGUUGGAUCCACAAACUGUAGAAACCAAGAACUGGCACACGGAUGUGAUUGAGAUGAAUGGGAUCAAAGUGGAAUUCUCCAUGAAAUUUACCAGCCGAGACAUGAGCCUGAAGAGGACCCCGUCCAAGAAGCAGACUGGCGUCUUUGGUGUGAAGAUCAGUGUGGUGACGAAGCGAGAGCGCUCCAAGGUGCCCUACAUUGUCCGGCAGUGUGUGGAAGAGGUGGAGAAGCGGGGCAUCGAGGAGGUCGGCAUCUACCGGAUAUCAGGGGUGGCCACGGACAUCCAGGCACUGAAGGCCGUCUUCGAUGCCAAUAACAAGGACAUCCUGCUGAUGCUGAGCGACAUGGACAUCAACGCCAUUGCUGGCACCCUCAAGCUCUACUUCCGGGAGCUGCCCGAGCCCCUCCUCACAGACAGACUUUACCCAGCCUUCAUGGAGGGCAUCGCCCUGUCAGACCCUGCUGCCAAGGAAAACUGCAUGAUGCACCUGCUCCGCUCCCUGCCUGACCCCAACCUCAUCACCUUCCUCUUCCUGCUGGAACACUUGAAAAGGGUUGCUGAGAAGGAGCCCAUCAACAAAAUGUCCCUUCACAACCUGGCUACGGUGUUUGGCCCCACGUUACUGAGACCCUCAGAAGUGGAGAGCAAAGCACACCUCACGUCGGCUGCGGACAUCUGGUCCCAUGAUGUCAUGGCCCAGGUGCAGGUCCUCCUCUACUACCUGCAGCACCCUCCCAUUUCCUUCGCAGACCUGAAGCGGAACACACUGUACUUCUCCACCGAUGUGUAGCCGGAGGUGGGAGCAGCUGUGCUGUGGGGGGGGUGGCCCCGCCAGCCUCUCCAGCCGGGGGACCCAACACAGACUUGAAAGACUACAAUAGAAAACUCCCAAACCCAGCACUCCAGACUCCAAGGAACACAGAUUUCCAAGAACUGGAAUAUGUGCAUCUUUUGUGCCACCUUGUACAAAGCCAGCUGCCCCAGCCCCCAGCCUCACCGCCAGGCCCCGGGCUCCUGCCCUCUGUACCUCUAGUUGUGUCUGAUGCUCCGUGCUGUUCGGGAAUUGUUUUAUGUCUGUUUGUCAUGCAGAAAAGGUAGCGACUGACCGGGUGUGGGCACACGGACAGCCUGCUUUGUUCUUUCAUUUCCUCCAACACUUUCUUUUCUCCCAAGUCCAGUCCAAGGGCUUUUAUUUUGCGCUCUGUAACUGCUGCCAGCUCGUCCUCUCCUGGCCCUGCUCCCAGAUUGCAGUCUCCUGGCAGCCUCCCCUCGGUUUGCCUCCACCCUCCCUUCCCUCCCAGCCUGCCCGCAUGCAUGUGCAGCCUCGGUUUUCGCUCCAUCACCUUGAAAGUUCUAGGAGGCCCUGGGUGGCAGUGGCGGUGGCCCAGCAGAUGCUGCCGCUUGCUUCCCAGCCCUCUCGCUGUCCUCCAUCUGUGGAAGCACACCUGCUUUGCCUUGCUGCCUGUGCAAAUGUUGGACAUGGAGACAGACUCACACUAAUCCUCAGCUUAGCACAGAGCUGGAGAGCAGAUUUCUGGAAUUUUCCAUCUGAGAAUCUCCAUUUCUGGGGUUUAUCUGUUCUGUCUCCUGCCUACCAGUGAGGCAUCUUCGACUGUUUCUUCUACUGCUUUUCAGUUCCUUUUCUCCUGGUAUUCUGUUUCCUUUGAGUGUAGGCUCACAAGUGACCUGCUAUCAAGACAGCCAGAGGGUCAGGAAAGAAUCGGGGCGAGGCAGGCGAGUUGGGCCACUGAGGAAACAAGGUUGAACAUUCAGAGGAGUGCCACGGAGCACUGGGUGUCCUGAGUUGGGGGGACGUGGCUCUCAGCAGCAGGAGUUGUAGUGGCUUCCAGGAGGGCAACUAAUAUGGCUGAAGCUGGUGUCCAGCAACAGGCAGGCUCCAACCAGGAGGCAAGCCCUUCCUGGUGCCUCACGUACCUCACGGUACCUUUGCCUUAGAUUUACACAUUCUCCACAGCCAAGCACUGCCACGGGGCAGCCCCCAUGGCCACAUGUGCUCUAGGCCCUGGAAAAGGCAGGCACAGUCCAGCAGUAGCCAGCCAUCAUGGUGCUGCCUCCGCACCCCUGGCUUCUAGAUGCAGCCUUUUGGGUGACCUCGGGGAAACUCCAGAAGCUGGGGAAGGACAAGGAGUCACAAGCAUCUGCCUCUCUUGGGGCUGGGUUUUGCUGGGGACCCUCAUUACUGAUGCUCUACUCCAGAGUAGGGGAUCAGCAGGUUCCUUUCCCAACUUUGAGACCCACUGCUCAGUGGAAAGGAGCCAAGUGAAUCCCCAAAGCAUCAUCUCUUCCCAUCUGGGCAGUGGCUGCUAGCCUGCACCAGUUAGCCUGGGAGAGCAGACACUCCCAGGCUGAGGGGCUUGAGCUGUAGUACACAGCUGUCUGGCGCUCCUGUGUGGCAGAGUAAAUUCUAGGCCCUCAGGACUGGAGAGAACAGCUCCCGUAGCUUGUGCUCAGGGCUGAGUUUUAAAGGGUUUGCUGCCCUAAAGCUGCAGCACUUGGUCAGUGAGAGGCAGGGCCCUUUCUGAUCUUGUUUACACCUGUUGCCCAAUCUUGGGCAGAACGGUACACAUUCUGUGCACAUUGGAGGAAAGAAAUGCCCAAGAGGAGGGAAAUACUGACCCCCUAGCUGCCUGACAGCAGCUUAGGAAGGAGCCCUGCUCCCUGGGACAGGGGGUGGAGAAAACACCACUGGUCUAGAGAUCCCAGCACCCGAGCCUCCCUGGAGUCUCUGCUGGGCGCUCAGGAGUCGGUGUGCGGCAUGAAAGGCUCUUGCUUCCAAAGCCAUUGACAGGAAUCAACUGGAGGUCCUGCUGAGAGCUAGUUACAGCCAAAAAUGGGUGCCUCCCACCCCCCCAAAACAAGGGAUGUUUGCUUCUCAGCAGCAGGUAGCUCCUGCAGCCCCCAAGCUUGCAUAGGCAGUAUGAAUGGGAGGAAGGCUGGAAGUGCUGAGAAAUGCAAAAGGCUCAGAAUAUUUGUAAAUCCCACCCCGAGUGGGGAGGGGUGGGUACCAGACCUGGACUAAGCUGCACCAGGGAAACAGCCCGUGAGUUCUCCUGAGGGACAGGGACCGUGCAGCCUGGAACCCCAGCCACUGUGCCAACAGGAGCCCUGCAGACAGGCCACAGGAAUCCCAGUACGCCUGUCCUUGCUGGCCAAUGGCCGUGGGCUGCUGGGUUUUGCUGAUACAGGUAGGAUGGGACCCUUCAUUAAUAUCUGACUUUAAUAAGUUGGUAAGGAUAUAUUAUUUUUGUCUAUGUUUUGUUUCAACUUAUGUAGAUUAUUAUAAAUUGAUGUAAACCACGUGAAAGGAAAACGUUAAUAAAAAAAAAUGCAAAGCCCCAACAUUUGCACACAACUCA